UGUGUAAGAAUUAAUGCGGGUGAUGAGACUCUGGGACAGAGGAGCUUCUUGCAUUUUUAGCUUGCUAUAAUGCCUGCUGACCUGGGAGCCACAGUGGCCUGCCAUCUGGCCUGCCAACGGUGGACUCAUUUGCCUCUCCAGUCACCAGCCUGACCUACUGACCUUGGAUUCAUCCACCUCAGCCUCCUGAAGCCUGGUCUUCCUGACUGUCUUGGGUUCAUCAGCCCAUUAAGCUCGUUGAGUCAGGAGGACAUCCACUACAAGGACUUGGAACCCACCUAGACUUGGACUGAAUGUGCCCACUUCUACAACUAUGUAAGUCACUACCAUAUAAUGGAUUUUAUCUAAUUCUAUAGAUCAGAUUGCUUUAUUCUGGAUAUCAUGGUCACAAUAUAGGAUGUAUAUAUAAUCUCUCACUUCUUCAAGUACUUAUGAUUGCAGAAGAAAGAAUUUCUGAAGAGAGAAAUAAUUUAUUUCUAGUACCUUUUACAGAAAUUAGGAUUUUAUUUUGUAUGAACAAGAACAUACUUCUUUAAGCAAGUUCACAUUAAUAAUGCCUAGAAGAGGACUAAUUCUUCAGACCCGAACCCAUUGGCUGCUGUUGGGCCUGGCUUUACUCUGCAGUUUGGUAUUAUUUAUGUACCUUCUGGAAUGUGCACCCCAGACUGAUGGAAAUGCUUCUCUACCGGGUGUCCUUGGGGAGAAUUAUGGUAAAGAAUAUUAUCAAGCCCUCCUACAGGAACAAGAAGAACAUUAUCAAACCAGGGCAACCAGCCUGAAGCGCCAAAUUUCCCAAUUGAAACAAGAAUUGCAAGAAAUGAGUGAGAGGAUGAGAUCACUGCAAGAAAGAAAAAAUGGAGGGCUCAAUGGCAUAGGCUACCAAGGCAACAAAGAGCAAGCACCUACUGAUCUUUUAGAGUUUCUGCACUCCCAAAUUGACAAAGCUGAAGUUAGCAUAGGAGCCAAGCUACCAAGUGAAUAUGGGGUCAUUCCCUUUGAAAGUUUUACCUUAAUGAAAGUAUUCCAAUUGGAAAUGGGUCUCACUCGCCAUCCAGAGGAAAAGCCAGUUAGAAAAGACAAGCGAGAUGAAUUGGUAGAGGUUAUUGAAGCUGGGUUGGAGGUCAUUAAUAAUCCUGAUGAAGAUGAUACACAGGAAGAUGAGGAUAGUCCCUUGGGAGAGAAGCUGAUAUUUAAUGAAAAUGACUUCAUAGAAGGUUACUGUCGCACCGAGAGAGAUAAGGGCACACAGUACGAACUCUUCUUUAAGAAAACAGACCUGAUGGAAUAUAGACAUGUGACCCUCUUCCGCCCUUUUGGACCGCUCAUGAAAGUAAAGAAUGAGGUGAUCGACAUUACCAGCUCCAUUAUUAAUAUCAUCGUGCCACUUGCUGAAAGAACGGAAGCGUUUGCACAGUUUAUGCAGAACUUCAGGAAUGUAUGUAUUCAUCAGGACAGGAGGAUUCACCUCACAGUGGUGUAUUUUGGUAAAGAAGGAUUAUCUAAAGUCAAGUCUAUCCUAGAAUCUGUCACAAGGUCGCUAUACCCUGAGGUUCUCCAUCCUGAGCAUCACCUGACACUUGCCCUCCCAACACCUGAUUCAGUGGAUCUGGGUGAGUCUAAUUUUCACAAUUACACCGUGGUUUCAUUGAAUGAAGAAUUUAAUCGUGGAAGAGGACUAAAUGUGGGAGCUCGAGCUUGGGACAAGGGAGAAGUCUUGAUGUUUUUCUGUGAUGUUGAUAUAUAUUUCUCAGCGGAAUUCCUUAAUAGCUGCCGGUUAAAUGCUGAGCCAGGUAAAAAAGUAUUUUACCCUGUGGUGUUCAGUCUUUAUAAUCCUGCCAUUGUUUAUGCCAAUCAGGAUGGGCCACCACCUGUGGAACAGCAAUUGGUUCACAAAAAGGAUUCUGGCUUUUGGCGCGAUUUUGGCUUUGGGAUGACUUGCCAGUAUCGAUCAGAUUUCCUGACCGUUGGUGGAUUUGACAUGGAAGUCAAAGGUUGGGGUGGAGAAGAUGUUCAUCUUUAUAGAAAAUACUUACACGGAGACCUUAUUGUGAUUCGGGCUCCAGUUCCUGGUCUCUUCCACCUGUGGCAUGAGAAGCACUGUGCAGAUGAAUUGACCCCUGAACAGUAUCGCAUGUGCAUCCAAUCCAAAGCCAUGAAUGAAGCCUCACAUUCACACCUGGGAAUGCUGGUCUUCAGGGAGGAAAUAGAAACGCACCUUCAUAAACAGGCAUACCGGACCAAUAGAGAAGCUGAUCAUUAAUAUCAUAAUUAAUACAGUACCAUCUGAACUACAAACCAAUACCAUUUAUUUAGCCUUAAUUCCCAUUAGUGAUACAGAGAAGAAAGGUAUUACCAUGUUUGCACUGAUGAGUCGUCAUAAACACACACACACACACACACACACACACACACACACACGUGUUUCAAAAUACAGAGCCUUUGUUUUAUUCUGAGAGAAGGCAGAAAGCAAAACUUUAAUGAUGCUUGGCCAUUAUAAUUUUGUGCAGGAUUGAUAGAAUAAGUUGCUAUAGACUUCUGAACAAUCAGAAAUAACCAUGGCAAUAUUUUUAAUAGAACAUUUGAUUUUGUUGAAGUGUAAGAUAGUACUGUAUCUGGGAACAUCAGUUAAUAUGAGUAAGCUGUAUCAGGACCUAUUUGUGGCUGUUCACAGCAUGGUUUUGGUUUUGAACUUUGUUUUUUCUCAUUCAACAUGGAUGCAUAUAUAUUUAUUCUUUCUAAUAUGCCUCUGGAAAAAUAUGUUUGCAUUAUUAUAUUUUGAGUUGACACAGUUUUGAUGAGUGGAAAUAAGUUAAUGAAAUAUAAGAUCACCUAUUUGACAUAACUGUGUAGAGAGGGGAAGCUAAAUUUUAAAAUUUGAAUUAUAAUUCAGAGGAAUGCAUUAUAUUACUUGUAGCUAGCACAAUAUUGUAAUUGAAGUGUAAGCCUUACUAAUGUGAUAAGAUGAAUAAAAAAUUCUAUUCAGAGAGUAUUAUACAGUAUUACACAUGGAUCUUUUACAUAAAUCUAGAAAUUGGAGAUAUGGUGAAAGAUAUGUACAAGUUUUAAACCUAUUAAAACAGACCUAUAUUGAAUUAUUUUGUACAUAAACUCUUGAAAAUUCACAGAAUAAAGCACAUUAUACUUUU